CUGAAAACUUUAAGAACUAUUUUAUAAAAAUAAAUGUAAACAAUGCUAACGUUGAAUGAACCUAUUCGACAAGAAACAGUGGUGUUAUGUUGUAUUUGUGGUAUUGGUAUAGAACCAAAUCCAGCACAUAUGUGUGUAGCAUGUUUAAGAACUCAAGUUGAUAUUACUAAAAAUAUUCCAAAGCAGGCAACAAUUCAUUUUUGCAAAGGUUGUGAAAGGUACUUGCAACCACCUGCAGAAUGGUUUCAUGCAGCAUUAGAAUCCAGAGAAUUAUUAACAUUAUGCUUGAAAAAGUUAAAGGGUCUAAAUCAAGUAAAAUUAAUAGAUGCAGGGUUUGUAUGGACAGAACCUCAUUCUAUGAGAUUAAAGGUAAAAUUAACAGUACAAGCUGAAGUAAUGUCUGGUGCAGUUCUACAGCAAGUAUUUAUAGUUGAAUACACAAUACAUCAUCAAAUGUGUGAUGAUUGCCAUCGAAUAGAAGCAAAAGAUUACUGGCGUGCUUUGGUACAAGUACGUCAAAGGGCAACAAAUAAAAAAACAUUUUAUUAUUUAGAGCAAUUAAUUUUGAAAUACAAAGCACAUGAACAUACCUUGGGUAUAAAACCAAUUCAUGAAGGUCUUGAUUUUUUUUUUCCAAAUGAAGCAACAGCACGAAAAAUGGUUGAUUUUCUUAUAAGUGUUGUACCUUGUCGUUAUGAUCAUUCAAAGAAACUAAUAUCACAUGAUAUUCAUAGCAAUAUCUACAAUUAUAAAUUUACAUACAGUGUGGAGAUAGUUCCAAUAUCAAGGGAUAGUGUGGUAUGCCUUCCAAGGAAACUCAGUCAUCAGUUGGGAGGAAUAAAUGCUAUUUGCUUAGUGUAUAAAAUUACAAACAGUAUACACUUAAUAGAUGUAUCAAGUGGGCAAAUUGCUGAAUUAAAUGCUACACUUUACUGGAGACAUACUUUUAAUAGCAUUUGUAACCCAAAACAAUUAAUAGAAUAUACAGUGAUGGAUAUUGAACCCAUCAAGCUGAAGGAUAGAAAAUUUUUUCCAGGACAAGGAACCAUUUCAAAUAAGCAUGUAAUAGCAGAUGUAUGGUUGGUUAAAAGUUGUGAUUUAGGAAUAAAUGAUAGCUUAAUUCAUACACGUACUCAUCUUGGUCAUAUAUUAAACCCUGGAGACACUGUUUUAGGAUAUGCUCUUAGUGAUAGUAACAUUAACGAUGAGAAUUUUGAGAUGUUGAAUAAAGAGUUAGUACCGGACGUAAUUUUAAUAAAAAAGAAUUAUGUACAUGACAGAACAGUGCGCCACAGAAUGAGAGCUUGGAAAUUAAAUCAUAUGUUAAAAAAUACAGACAGUAUGGCUACAGAUAAUAAUGAUUAUUAUGAGUUUUUGGAAGAUAUUGAGGAAGAUCCAGAAAUGAGACAAAACAUAAAUAUCUUCAGAGAUCGUAUGAAAGUAAUACCAGUAGACACUAAUGAAUCGGAUCCUAAUUUCCCAUGUAUUACUCUUGAAGAAAUGCUUGACGAUCUUACAGUUGAUGAUAUUGAAGUGCCUAAAGUUUUGCAAUAA